AAGAUAUGUUCAUGUCAGCCCAAGUCACUGAAUCUUUCAGCGGAUAAUCGUACUCGCCGCCGUCAUCAUCGUCCCCUCUUCCUCUUCUCCGAUGUGUUCACUGCAACUACAUCCGCCGCAUGCUCUCUCUUCGAGAAUCUAUUCCCCGGCAAAGUUCUUUAGCAUCCCUACUACUCUCAACCAUAAUCGUAAGUCAAGAUUGAGGGCAACGUUGUCGUUCGUCGAAGAAUUUCCCCCAAAUGCCAAUCGCCGGCAGAGCGAUCCGCAAUGGAAAGGAGGCUUCAGUCUGGGAAUAGACUUGGGGUUAUCCCGCACCGGUCUUGCCCUCAGCAAAGGCUUCUCCUUUCGUCCUCUUACGGUUUUGAAAUUGCGAGGAGAAAAGCUGGAGCUACGGCUUCUUGAUAUUGCGGAAAAGGAGGAGGCUGAUGAAUUCAUAAUUGGACUUCCCAAAUCUUGGGAUGGAAAGGAGACUCCUCAAUCCAACAAAGUUCGCAGUGUUGCUGGAAGACUUGCGGUCCGAGCUGCAGAAAGAGGUUGGAGAGUGUACCUGCAAGAUGAGCAUGGGACGUCCACUGAAGCCUCAAGCCUUAUGAUCAACAUGUAACUCCAUCUCCCAUUAUUGAGUAGCUAUUUAAUAGGAUCUUUUGUUUCAUUACUUUUACCAUAGUUGUUCUUGUUCCUUGUACGAGUCAUGUUUGAUCCAUUCCUAUGGUGCAAAAAAUUGGUUUAUUAUGCCUAUGGUAAUCUCAGAAAAUUGGAUGCUUGCCAUUUUGCUUAGCGGUCUUCCUUGUUCGUUGGAUUUUUUUGUUAUGUUUACUUCUCCUCAAGCAAAUACUGAAAGAAAUUUAAAUUUUUUUUAUAAUGCAUUGGUGUUUUUUGUUAUUUGUUUGUUAUUUGUAAGAUCUAUUAUGCUUUUUCUCUUUGCUUUUCUCUGUAAUAAAUAAGUGAUAACAUGCCAUGCCCUUUUCUAUUCUUGAGUUCUGAUGAGUAAAUGAAAAUUCCUCAUCAUGAGUCAGGCGUAUAUAAAGUAAAGCACAAAUUCUAGAUAGGGUAAGGAUUCCCCUGCCUGGUUGAUGUCAUAACUUGAAGAUAUAAUUCUCUCACCAUUCUUUCAGGGGUCUACGCAAGUCUGCCCGGCAAAGAAGCACAGACGCGUACGCUGCUGCAAUAUUACUAAAGAGAUACUUUGCAGCAUCAGGCCAAGGAACUGAACUAGUUUUGCCCAAGCAAAUCGAUUUGCUGGAAAAACUUAGGAGGGGUGUAACAGAGGAGUUUGAUUCUUUUUAAGAUAAUAAAGACAAUUGACCCAAAUAAAAUCUUUGUUAUCAGUUCUGGUGUUAUAUUUAAUAAUAGUAUCUUAAAUAU